AUGAAAGAGAACAAGUGCUAUUUGAGUAGACAUCAAGGCUAUAGAGCUAAAAAAAUUAGUAGGGAGUUGGCCCAAGGUAGUGAUGUGGACCAGUACAAUAAGUUGCCCAAGUAUAUCAAUGAAAUCUUGAGAAGUAACCCAGACAGUAUUGUAGUAAUAAAGGUGGCAGAUGACUACUAUGGGACUUUUCUCAAAGGUGCAGUUGGUGGAGUAUUGCUGACAGCAGUUGAAAUUGAUCCAAAUAAUGGUUUGUAUCCAAUUUCUUAUUCUAGAGAAACUAAGGAUUCCUGGAUUUGGUUUCUAACUUUACUUAAGAAGGAUCUAAAAAUUGAAAAAGACUAUGAAUGGACCAUAAUGAGUGACAAGCAGAAGGGCAUAAUCCAGGCAUGUGAAACAGUUUUUUCAGGGGCUGAUCACAAAUUUUGUGUGAAGCAUAUGCACAACAAUAUGGCAAUUGCUGGAUUCAAAGGGGAAAUAGGAUUGACUGGGAUACCAUGUGCUCAUGCAAUUUCAGCUUUGUGGAUUGCUAUGAAGGACCCUAAGCAGUACGUUGAUGACGGUUAUAGUGUUAAAACAUAUCUUAAAUGUUAUGGCCCCUACAUUUUACAAGUGAAUGGAGAGAAUGAGUGGGAAGAUAUAGAUCUUCAAGCACCCCUCCCACCAACUUAUGGAAGAGCACUAGGAAGACCAAAGAAACAGAGGAGAAAAUCUGCUGAUGAGAUACAACAAACAAAGGAGCAGUGCAAGAAGACAUGCAAACUUAGACAAGAAGCAAGUGCUGCAGCCAGUCAAAUGAGUGAACAGGGGCAGGAAACACAAGCAAAUUGGGAUAUGAGUCUCUCGCAACUAGAUGACAUGAUGGUAGACAACCAUGUUAGGGGCAACACUUUAAAUGCAAAGACGACAACAACAUCAAGAAAAUUUGUUGGAAAUGGCAUCAAAUGA